CGAAUGUUAUGAAUUGAUAAAUUAUUGGUGUGAUACACUGAGAUAUGAUGGUAGUAAGAGAGAAAAAGAUAUUUCAAUAAGAAAUGAAUUUAUAGCUGCAAAUAAAAUAAUUUCAAAUCCACCAAGCUCACAAAUACAUCCGGAUGCCAUAUACACCAGUCGACUCCUUAGCCGACAGCUUGACCUGGAAAGCCUUCCAGAACCGAAAAAUUCAACUGAUUUAACUGCAACACCAAGUUCUGAAUUUUUUAUUUCAGAUGAAGAUUCACAUA